AUGGCACAACUACAAUCACAAUCAAACCCGAACCCAAACCCAAGACUCGGAUCACCACCACCACCCAAGACCAAAACAAAAUCGAGGCCCAGGUCGCCUCCACAAUUACAUUCACAACUAAAACCAAAACCUAAGCCAUCAUCGUCAUCAUCAUCAUCAUCAUCUCCAUCUCUAUCAACGUCAAUCUCCUCCUCCUUCGAGAAUGACAUCGAAAUUUCCGACAUCGCUUGCACACCCGCAUCAUUUAACUCUACUCCUCUUGCCCUUCUUCAAUGCACUGAAGAAUCAUCCCAGGUAGAGAAUAAUCAUCACCGCCCUAGUUUCUUUCCACUUGCACAAAAGCAUCUCAAGGAUGUAUACACAAAGUUGAGAUGUUAUUCCAAGUCUACUCAAACAAGAAUCCGAAUGUCAAAACUUGACGAAGUCCUCGAUUCUCGGAACGAUUUCCCUCAUUGUUGGACCGAAAAUAUUGCAAAUACCUUUGCAUUGACACAUUAUACUUUAUCAGAAAUUCUACCUUUGGUUCGAGAUAAUUCUUUUCUAUCGCAAAAGCGUCAAUCAUUGUCAACUUGGAAGAGAUUCGAAGAGGAAGUUUUUUAUGAUACAUUACUUCAUAAAGGUAAUACUCAACAAAUCGAGAAUACUUCGGGCCUUCCAACCUUAAGCGAAUGGAGAGUUGUAUCCCUACUCGAAAAUCCCCAAUGUCUUGGUUGUAUUGCGUUUGCCGAUGUCGACACAGAUAUGGGAAAUGCGACUGCCGAUAUCGAUAAUACAAAUAAGAAUAGCAUCGAUAACUCCUCAACCCUUCUUCGUGUCGAGUUAUUUUGUCUUUUUAUAUUAUUAGCUCGACAAAUCGAUCCUCGAAUGAAUUGUGAAAAUUAUCGUCAAUUGAUAAGGGAUGAUGAGAAAGGAAAUGGCUGGGUUACAAGAUCGGCUGUUACAAUCUUCCUUACAAAAACCCAUUUUCGAGUUGUUGAAGCGAGAUUGAAUGAAGGUACAUGGGAUCAGACUGCGCCGGUGGAAUUACGUAUUCAUAUCAGGAAGAGUAUCAGAUGGGACGAGGUGGAUGUCAAGGAUGAGAAGUAUAACGAAGAACUUUGGAGAGAGCUUGUCAGUUGGUCAUUCUUGUCAGCGGAGAAAUCUAGCGAUAAUUAA